AUGACGUACAAGACGAUCAAAGGCGCUGUUGCUCUUACCAGCCAACGGGGCGAAAAGACUUCCGCCAAUCCCCUACAUUUGAUGCCGCCGGGGGCAAGCGAUGAGAACGCCAGAGUCCCUCCCGAGAAGCUCACACUUGCGUUGAAUUCAAGCAAUUGGCGGAAGCCUUUGGUUCCCCGCAGCGACAACAUUGAGAACACACGAAUUCGACAAGAUCGAAAGCAACACCACUUGGGCAACGACUUCGACUUGGCCGAUCCAGCUACUCACUGGCGCAAACCUGUUCUCGGCGUUGACCCGUUGCUGAACGCGACCAAUCCAGUAUUCGAGGAGAAGAGAUCCGAUAUGCCCGAGAAGAUCUUCGAGCGAGAGAAUGAGCCAGCCGCAAAAUCGAGGUGCAUGGCUCGUACUUUCACACACCUCGAUCCCUCAAUCAGAGGCCAUGAGUCCAGCUAG